UGAGUUUGUCCUUCCUCUCCACACUCCCUCACUCCUAACAGCUGCUGCUCUGCGUUAGCAGCUACACUACUGACAAGAUACACCACAAUACUUAUACCACAAUAUACCACAAUACCAGACAGUCUUAACACGCAACGUUAAAGCUUUACGCGUUUAUUUUUAAUUGGUUGUCUUUUCAGUCGCGUUUUUACAUGGACUAUACGCUUAUUACGACAAAGCGAGCUGAAUACAUAAGUGUUUUGGCCGGGUGAAGAGAGGUUAUAGCAGGCUAAUCUGUGUUUGCUAACAGGAUUCAGCUCAGACCGAUCGUUUGAAACAUCAGUAUUUUAUAAACAGUCAUGGAGUUCAACGUUAGACGACUAGCAGCGGACGCGGGCACUUUCCUCAGUCGUGCUGUGCAGUUCACAGAGGAGAAGUUUGGGCAGGCGGAGAAGACUGAGCUGGAUGCUCAUCUAGAGACCCUUUUGAGUCGGACAGAAUCCACCAAGCACUGGACGGAGAAGAUCAUGAAACAGACAGAAGUUUUGCUACAGCCGAACCCUAAUGUCCGGAUGGAGGAGUUCCUUUAUGAGAUGCUGGACAAAAAAGUCCCAAUGCGUGCCAACAACCACGAGUUACUGGGGGAGUGCAUGAUCGACUCUGGACACGAGUUUGGACCUGGAACAGCAUACGGUAGUGCUCUCAUUAAAUGUGGGGAGACUGAGAAGCUGUUAGGCAGUGCAGAGAAAGAGUUCAUUCAGAGCUCCGCCAUUAAUUUCCUCACUCCCUUUAGGAACUUCAUUGAGGGAGAUUUUAAAACCAUAUCGAAAGAACGCAAACUGCUUCAGAAUAAGCGUCUAGAUCUGGAUGCAGCCAAAAACAGACUGAAGAAGGCCAGAGUGGCUGAUGCUCGCUCUGCAUUCUCUCUCAUUAUGUUUCUAUCUGUCUGCUUGCCUGCCUCCGUCUGGGAGCUGAACUCAAGCCCUCCACUGGGAGAGGAGUAUGUGGCUCACUUUUCUUACAUGCUCAGCUUCUUGCAUGUCAGGUGGCUAAAGCUGUGGGCUGAGGAGGUGCAGCAGGCAGAGACAGAACUGAGGAUAGCACAGAGCGAGUUUGACCGGCAGGCUGAGAUCACCAGACUUCUGCUGGAGGGUAUCAGCAGCACUCAUGCUCAUCAUUUGCGCUGUCUGAAUGAUUUUGUGGACGCUCAAGCUACAUAUUAUGCCCAGUGUUACCAGUACAUGGUCAAUCUUCAGAAACAGCUGGGAAGCUUUCCAUCCACGUUCUCUAAUAACAAUCAGCCGGCUGGCAGCUCCUCCGCCAGCAUCUGGGUUCCCACGGCACAGCCGGCCGCCUCACUGCCCGCUCCGCCGCCCAGCCAGGCCUCACCCGCACUCAACGAGCUCCGCAGCACCUCAGGCACCCGCAAGGCUCGUGUGCUCUAUGACUACGACGCUGCCAGCAGCAGUGAGCUCUCUCUAUUAUCCGAUGAGGUGAUCACCGUGAGCAGUGUGCCAGACAUGGACUCUGAUUGGCUGAUGGGGCAAAGGGGGAAUCAGAAAGGCAAAGUGCCAAUUACCUACUUGGAGCUGCUCAAUUAAGGUCAGGGAGAAGUGCAAAAAAAAAUCACAUUGUAGAUGUGAUUUGACAAGAGUAACACUCCAGAUGUGAUCAGAGAAAGAUCAGAGUUUAAUGUAGUGCAAAGCAAUAUAAAAGUCUUCUACACUGCCAUGUCCUGUUGUGUGAACGUCUCUUCUGCCAUUCGAGGGGUGUCAUAGUAGCCUUACAGUAACGAAAAGCAGUCAGAGAUUGCCAACUAUUCAUCAGAUUUAUGUGCCAACUGAUUUUUUUACUGCUAAACUAAUUAUUUGUGCUAUAAUGUGCUAUGAUGCUCUAAUAAAUAUUAUAUGAACCUGG